GCAGAUGGGAGUGGAGAGUUUUGCAACAGUGUGCGCGAUGUUGGAUGAGCGGAUCUGGACACGCAGAAACUGUAGGCAUUAAUUCCUCGGGCAGGUUUGAACAGGAGCGGACUCCCUCUGAUGAUGGUGGUGAUGAUGUAAGGAACUAAACGUCCAGCUGGGUUUAACACCGCCUGUCUGUCUUCAGACCUCUAUUGUUGCUCCACCUCCAUCGCCUUGAGUUUGAAGUCGCAUUUGAGCCGCAGCGAAGCAGUUUCUCAAGAGGAAGCGAACAAACAGGAGGCGGAUUACUUUGAGUGAGCAAACAGAGAAAAGUUAACCAUGGCAGAGAAUAAAAUGGGUCCAAACCUCCAGGCUGGAGCUGGAUUCCUCGCCAAACGGGUCCAGAAGUCUUUGAAUCGAGCUCAGGAGAAGGUUCUUCAAAAACUGGGCAAAACCAUGGAGACCAAGGACGAACAGUUUGAGCUAUGUUUCCAGAGCCUCAACAAACAACAGAUCGACGGAAGCAGGUUGUUUAAAGAUGUGAAGGCCUACCACACAGCAGUGAAAGCUGUUCAUGAGACGUCUAAGCGGCUGUCUCAGACGUUGCGAGAAAUCUACGAACCAGAGUGGAACGGAGUGGAGGAUCUCGCUGUUAUUACAGAGAGUGAAGACUUGCUGUGGAACGACUACGAAGAGAAACUAUGUGACCAGAUUGUCCGCACCAUGGAGAACUACACGAGCCAGUUCCCUGAGGUCAAGGAACGAGUAGCUAAACGUGGCCGCAAGCUGGUGGACUACGACUCAGCUCGUCACCACCUGGAAGCUCUACAGAGUGCCAAGAAAAAGGAUGAAGCCAAAAUAGCAAAGGCGGAGGAAGAGUUCAACAAAGCCCAGAAUGUCUUUGAAGAAAUAAAUAACGAGCUGAGGGAGGAGCUGCCGGUUCUCUAUCAGAGCCGGAUAGGUUGCUAUGUGACGGUGUUCCAAAACAUAUCAAACCUGAGAGAUGUCUUCUAUAAGGAAAUGAGUGUGUUGAACCGUGAGCUGUACAAUGUGAUGAAGAAACUGGAGACUCAACACUCGGGAAAAGCUUUCAUCAUCAAGGGUCUGAACAGCACAACAGGCAAGUCAAAGAAGAGAAAGUCUCUGGUUAUCUCCAACCCCAUCCCUUGCAACACAGCUUUCCCAGCCGACCACGUCUCCAUCCACUCAUCCUCCGAAAAUGGAAAAGACGCCGUGCCCUCUUCUCCUGUCAAGCGACCUCAAAGCGUGUCUGAAGAAAUCAGCUUACCUGAAGAAAACUCAGUCUCAUCCAAAGAUGUCAACUCAUCAGACUCCGAUCUCAGCUCCAGCAGCGCCAACACACCCAGGAGACAGUCAGUGUGCGACAAUGAGAACAGCGAUCAGAGCACAGGGAGUCUGGAGGAGGUGGAGGCAGAGGCAGAGGCAGAGGCAGAGGCAGAGGCAGAGGCAGAGGCAGAGGCAGAGGAAGAAGCUGAACUUGCUACGAACCAGUCAGAUGACUCUGGGGUGGGAGUACCAAAGUCAGAGGCUGCAAGUCAGGAAGCGUCCAAUCCCUCUGAUUCUGCAGAUAGUGCCCCACAGAGUCCAGAGCAGGAGACUGCGAGCGAGCCGCCAUCAGAGGAGGCCAAACCCAAACCUCCACCGGUUCCGGCCCCUCGCGUGUCCUUCCGUUCCACGAAUAAACCCGUCAUCCCACCGGCUGAGGAGCAGGAGGAGACAGAGGAUGCAUCAGUCCAGCAGGAGACAGCUGACUCAGGAGAGGACUCCAGUUCCUGCAAUCCCCCAGGCUUCCUAUACAAGGGGGUGGCAUUAGAGAGCCAUGCAGCGUCUGAAGACGGCAUGCUGCAGUUUGAAAAGGGAGACGUCAUCCUGGUGCUCACUGACUCUCAAGAGGACGGCCUGGUGAAGGGGAUCAGGGAGGAGAGCUGGAACCAGCACAGGGAUCUACAAAAUCACUCCGGGAUCUUCUCGGAAAAACUCCUCCAGCCUGUUGAGGCAGAGUGAGGCAAUACUCAGUCCUCAGUCUGUAAUACUUUAUUCUUUCAUCGUGCAGUUGGUGACUCAUACACACACACACACGCACACACAAGCACACACACAGAGGGAGUGAACCCAUAUGUUGUGGGUGCAGAAUCUGUAUAAACAGAUGAGCACAAGUCCCACGUGGACCCUCACAUGCUAUGAUGUUGCAACCUGUGGAACAAAAGUGACUAAGUUUUAGAACAUUUUGUAAAAGAUGUUUGGAUUGUUGAAUGUUACAGUAUUUUCCCCGCUUUGCAUUUUUCAAAGUCUUUCUGUGAAACACUGUGAAACAAAACAAAACGUUUUUAUACCGAUGCUGUGAUUUUGUGUAAAAUUGCCCUAAUAAAGUUUGAAAUAAAAGAG